AUGGCGUCCAAACUGCUCACCCUCCUCCUCCUCUUCUUUCACCCUCUCAAAUCCCACAGUUCAACCCCACAAACACAAUCUUGGGUCCAAGCCGGUUACUAUUAUGCAGGCAGCGAAAUCGUCAUUUCCGACAUAAACUCCAAGCUUUUCACUCACCUCAUAUGCGCUGUCGCUUAUAUAAACUCCUCCACCUACCACCUCUCCAUCAAUGCCUCCACCGAACAACUAUUCUCUACCUUCACCCCCACUGUAAAGCGGAAGAACCCCUCCAUUACAACGCUUUUGUCCAUAUGGGUUGGCAGAGAAGACUCUUCAACCUUCUUUUCAAUGAUCAACCAGUCCUCUUACAGAAAUUCUUUUAUUCAAUCUUCUAUACGGACAGCUAGGCUUUAUGGGUUUCACGGCCUUGACCUUUGUGGGGUUGUGCCAAGCAAAAGCUCCGACAUGAUCAACUUGGGCACCCUUUUGAACGAGUGGCGAGUUGCUGUGGAUUCUGAGGCAAGAAAUUCCAUCCAGUCACGGCUGCUCUUGGUCAUGUCCGGUCGUUACUUGCCAGCUUUGGGUUCAGAGAGUUACCCAAUGGAGUCGAUGCAGAGGAACUUGGAUUGGUUACAUGUUAAAGCGUACGAUUACUACGUGCCUGGAAAGGACAAUGUCACGCACUUUCAUGCGGCAUUGCGUGGACAAUUGAACGGGGCUAAUACUGAUGAUGGUAUAAAAGAGUGGAGGAGAAGAGGUUUUCUGCCAAGCAAGUUGGUUUUGGGCUUGCCUUUCCAUGGCUUUGCGUGGACGCUGGUGAAACCCCAAAACAAUGCAACGGGUGCACCGUCGACGGGUCCGGCUGUUACAAUGGACGGUUCCAUGGGCUAUAAGUUCAUAAAAUUCUACAUUAGAAGCUAUGGUUAUGGAGCGGCUUCAGUAUACAAUGCUACUUAUGUGGUCAAUUCCUGCACAAUUGGGCCGACUUGGAUUAAUUACGACGAUGUGGAGGCCAUUAGAGCUAAGGUUUCUUAUGCAAAGCAGAACGGUCUGCUUGGUUACAAUGUUUUUCAAGUCGGCAAUGACGACAACUGGGUGCUCUCUAGAGCAGCUCAAGAGGAAGGUGAAGAUCAACAUAAGAAGAGGCCUUCGUUAUUAAUAAUUCUGCCUACAACUGUUGCAGUCUUGCUUAUACUGAGCUUCAUGAUAUGUUACUUAUGGCGGAGGGUAAUCAAGUCAAGAGAUCCUGAAGAUCUUGACAACAAUGCUUCUAAUCUGCAAGAAUUCAGUUAUACUACCAUUAAAGCAGCUACACAAAACUUUUCGAGAGAGAAUAAGCUUGGAGAAGGAGGAUAUGGACCUGUUUACAAGGGUAAGUUACAGAAGGGACAAGAGAUAGCAGCAAAGAGACUUUCAAGAACUUCAAACCAAGGGCUUGAAGAGUUCAAAAAUGAGGUCACACUUACCGCAAGACUACAACAUGUAAAUCUAGUCAGAGUUUUGGGGUAUUGCACUGAGAGGGACGAAAAAAUGUUGAUUUAUGAAUACAUGGCAAACAAAAGCUUGUAUCUCUACCUUUUCGAUCUAACUAAAAAGUUUCUUUUAGAUUGGGAGAAACGUGUUCACAUCAUUGAAGGCAUUACUCAAGGGCUUCUAUAUCUCCAAGAAUACUCAAAUUUUACUAUAAUUCACCGAGAUUUAAAAGCUAGUAACAUACUACUAGACAAUGACAUGAACCCUAAGAUAUCAGAUUUUGGGAUGGCUAGAAUUUUCAGGAAGGAUGAGCAUGAAGCAAACACAAGUCGGAUUGUUGGAACAUAUGGCUAUGUUCCUCCCGAAUAUGUAAGAAAAGGUAUAUAUUCGACAAAAUCCGACGUUUAUAGCUUUGGAGUUCUGCUUCUGCAAAUUAUAAGUGGCAAGAAGACUGCAUGUUAUUAUGGGACACAUGAAAAUUUGAACCUUUUAGAAUAUGCAUAUGUUUUGUGGAAAGAAGGCAAAGGGUGGGAGUUUCUUGAUCCAUCACUGGAUGAUUUAUCUUCUUCUUGUAAACUCCUAAGAUGCAUGGAGGUGGCUCUUUUAUGUGUCCAAGAGAACCCUGUUGAUAGACCUUCUAUGUUGGAGAUUUUUUCAAUGCUCAGGAAUGAAACUAGAGCCAUCAAUACUCCUAAAAAGCCUGCUUUUUCACUUCAAAGAGAUGAAAAUGAGGAAGAAAUUUGUCUGUCGCAGGGAAAAUUUUGUUCAGUCAAUGAUGCCACCAUUUCCCAACUGGUACCCCGUUGAUGCUGAUCAUGCAGUUGUAUUGCUUUAGUUUUGCCAUAUAUGUAUGUUUAGUUGAUCAUUAUCUUCAUUCUUGUUCUUUCAAAAUUAAUUUCAAAUAGAAAAUUAUGGGGAGCACGCCCCAUAAGCUUUGGAGGGAUGGGGGAUAAUGGGGUAUCACUCCAAAUGCAUUAGACACCUCUGCGGUAUUACUCAAAAUGGACUUGAUGCAUAUACGCUAGUUCUUUUGGGGUGGUCGAUUAGAUGUAACUAGCACUUUUUCCUGGGUCAUUACAAAUUGUAUCAAACCAUCUAGUAACAUCAUGUGUUACUUGAGAAUUGUAUGAUAUGGCCCUGGCAAGGAUGUCAGGAAUUUAAGAGACGGAAUUUGUAACA